GAUUGCAACCGCUGAAGAAUUGAAGCCGCUCAUAUGCGUUGCAUGCAUGCUCUCCGGAAGCCGUUUCCGUGAAGCGCCCCGUCCUCGAUCCGUCUCUAUCCCGGUCCUCAUGUGAUCGUCCUCGACCGCUCUAUCUCCCUCUUCCUCUGCCCGGCCGCCCUCUGCUCCCUCUCCGAGUAGCAAACCCAGGUUAAUUCUAUUGAAUGGGGUCGGCGCCGGCGCCGCCGCCGACGCCAUUACGAGGCGGCGGCAGUUACUCCUCCGUGCAGCACGUCCUGCACCACCGGAGGCGGCUAUUAUUAAGGAGAGCGCAGCCGGCGAGCGGGAGGAAGACGAAGCUCAAGCACUUGCUCCUCAUGGACGAGGAGGAGCAAGAGCAAGAGGAAGAAGAGAAGACGCGGCAGCUGCUGCAGCUGGAGGUGUCGGAGCUGGAGAGCGUCCUGGACAGGGAGAAGCGGCUCGGCCGGAUCCUGCGCCACUGCUCGCUCCACGCCGCCGGUGGCGGCCGCCGUUGCCGCCAUUACCGCUGCUGCCUCUCCGCCAUGCUUCCCGCCAAGAUCAGGGGGCUGCUGGCGGAGCUGGCAAUGGUGGAGGAGGAGAUAUGCUACCUGGAGAAGAAGGUGGAGGACCUGCGCACGCGGCUCUACCGGGAGCGCAACUGGAACGACCACUGUCUUCUUCUCCAGCAGCGGCAGACCUGGCUGCAGCAGAAUCGCCGCCUUUCCGGAUUCCAUGGUGGUGAUCAGCAGCUCCCCCAAAGGCUGCUCCCUUGUCCCGGCAACGGCGACGACGAGGAAGAUGAUCUCGAGAGUCAGAGCAAGACCUCUGCUGGAAGACUGUCAGUCUCUGAACAAGGAGAUGAAGUGGUGGAAGAACAGAGCAGAAGAAGCAGCCACUCGUUCGACAAUCUCAGGCUCCCAGAAAGAAGACGAAGAACAAUCUGCUCAGUAAACCCAAACAAGCUCUCCGAGGAGCUUGUCAGACUCACGAUCACCAUAUUCCACAAGCUCAACAACACAACGCCCGAUCAUGAUGAGCUGAUCAGCAGCAACAGCAGCAGCAGCGCGCCCAAGCUCAUCAUCUCCUCCUGCAUCGGCUCCUCCAGGAGCCUCGUCCCCAAGCCAUCGUCUUCCUCGUCGUCGCCGGCACCGGCAGUUGAGAACCGUGGAGCGACGUUGCCGGAGGAGUGCGGCGGCUGCGGCAAGGGGCUGGUGGAGUUCACCCGGAGCUCCUUCGACGCCAGCCGCGUGUCGCUGUGCCUCGCCGACAUCAAGAACUUGAGAGUACUGAUGAACAGGCUCAGCACUGUGGAUCCGAGCCUCCUGACCAACAAGCAGAAGCUGGCCUUCUGGAUCAACAUCUACAACUUCUGCGUGAUGCAUGCGUUUCUUCAGCAUGGGCUGCCUCCAUCUCCAGAAAAGCUGCUGGCACUGCUGAACCAGGCUUCAGUGAAGGUGGGAGGAACAGUCCUGAGCGUCGUCUCCAUCGAGCACCUCUUCCUCAGACACCACUCCUCCCCUGAUCAAAGCAAGCAGGGGAUGAUGACGACGAUGCUAGAGGAGGCAGGGGAUCUGGAGAGGGAUCUGCAGCUGCGGUACGGGCUGGGGUUCCCUGAGCCCAACGUCGUAUUCGCGCUCUGCCGCGGCAGCCGCUCCUCCCCAGCGGUUGGGGUGUACACGGCGGAGGAGGUGUCGAGCGAGCUGGAGCAGGCCAAGGUGCGGUACCUGGAGCGGUGCGUGCGCGUGGUCAGGAGGAAGAAGAAGAAGGCGAAGGGGUCGGCCAUGGCCGUGGUGCUGCCCAAGCUGCUGCACUGGCACAUGCGCUGCUUCGCCGACGACGUCGAGUCGCUGCUCGAGUGGGUGCACAGCCAGCUCGGCGAGUCGCCCGCGCUCAAGAGGGCCAUCAGGGACGUCCUGCUACUCGUCGCGGCCGCCGGCGGCGAUCGCCGUGGCAAGCCGCCGCAGCCGCCGGCGCUGGAGAAGAUGGUCGAGAUCGAGCCCUAUGACGCAGAGUUCUGCUACCUACUGCCUGUCUGCUGAAUCAACUGCUGCCUAUAUAUGCUUUCAGAAUUUAUAUGGAACAAAUGUUCGCUCUUUAGUCUCUCGGAGCGAACGAUCUGCUGACCGUCCAACCAAGAAAGAUUGUGCAUGAGAUCCGUCACGCCGGAAGACCAGGGAUCAAACGUUUGCUCCAUAUAUAUUUUGUCAGUAUCUUUGUUAUGUGUAUAUAUAGAUGGAGAGAAUCAGCGAAAUAAACAUGUUUUCCCUUCCAGUUCAAUGCAAUACCUGUUAUUUCUA